GAUAUGUCCUCAGGUAACAAAGUCGCCUGCUAAUCCGAAACACCGGCGAACCUCCGGAAGCAGCACAGGAUGUGUGGGGCGUGUCUGGGCCGCUAGCGACGACGUCCCGUUCACGCCGUGAGUCCUCGGAAGUUGUAAGAGCGUGCUCCCCGUCACAACCAAAACAAUGAGAGCCAUUAUCCAGAGGGUCACCAGGGCCACUGUCACAGUGGGAGAAGAGCAGAUCAGCUCAGUAGGACGAGGGCUGUGCAUACUGCUGGGUAUAUCUGCGGAGGACACCCAGAAGGACGCUGACUACAUAGUACGCAAGAUCCUGAACCUACGACUCUUUGAAGACGAGAAUGGCCGAGCGUGGAGCAAAAGUGUCAUGGAGAGGGACUUUGAAGUGCUGUGUGUGAGCCAGUUCACACUGCAGUGUAUACUGAAAGGCAACAAGCCAGACUUCCACUCAGCUAUGCCUGCAGAGCUGGCCCAGCCCUUCUACAAUAGCAUCCUGGAGAGCAUGAGGAGUGCCUACAAGCCGGAGCAUAUUAAGGAUGGGAAGUUUGGGGCCUACAUGCAGGUCCACAUUCAAAAUGACGGACCUGUUACCAUCGAACUGACGUCACCUACCGGUCCCACAGACCCCAGACAGCUGUCAAAGCAGGAGAAGCAGCAGCAGAGGAAGGAGAAGACACGCUCAAAGGGCCCCUCAGAGUCGAGCAGGGAGAAAGGGACUCAACGUUACCGACAGGACCCCAACGCCAGUAGUGGAGCUGAGGGCGAUGUUUCGUCAGAGAGGGAGACUUAGGUCAGCAGGAUUUGCUACCAGGGACAUGACAGUGAGUCCAGUUUCCUCAGGAACACCUUAAUCCUCAGUAACUCUUACACCUGAUCAUGGACUGUCCUUCCUCCUGUUUGGAAAUCAGCAGGAUUCUUUCGGCCUGUCGCAGAACAUCGUUCCCUUGCUGGUGUCUUUGGCUUCUCUACUCCACAAUUAUAUAAGACUGGCUAGGUGUAAACAAAGUAGCUAUAGGACAGUGUCCAGUUUCCUCGGACGGGUUAGGGGAAAUUGAACAAAUGUCUGUAGGUGGUAUGAGCUGGAGCAGACAUCAGCAGCACUGCACUGUGUGGCUCAGUAGCUUUCUGUGAUCUCUUACUGUCUCUUUACCGCUGCCUGUCUUUCCAUGUUUUACUUCCAUGUUGCUCUGUUUCUGUCUUUUAGUCUACCUGCCUGCCUGUCUCACUCCAAGCAAGCUGUUCCCACUUAAUCUCUGCUAAGAGACGGGGCACUGCCCCUGAAGUGUAACUCCGCUCCAAGUCCUUGGCUUAUAGUACAGGCACAAGAACAUCAGGACAGUGAUGAUGUAACAGCCUUUCAAUAUUUAUUGUACCAGUGACACCUCAUAACUGGCAUUACUGGUUUAGUUACAUGUGUAAGGGUUAUUGUACCUGCAUGAAUAUACUGUUUCCAGGUCCAACUGAAAAUUUUAGUGCACGCAGGUCUGCUUUUUAAUUGAACAUGCUCUUUAUUGCCCUUUUGAGUAAGAAUAAAAAGGUGAAAGGGAGAAAAACACAACAAAAAGGCUCAGACUUUGAACAAGAGCUACUUUCUAGCUAAUGUCUACUUUUCCUUAUACAAGAAUGGACACAUAUCCUGUGUUGCACCUUAGCUUGUUAUUUUGGCAAUCUAGCAUCAUCUAGCAUGGGGAUAGUUCACUGCUAACAUUAUGUAGGAGGCUAGAAAGUCUUCUAUCCUCUGUCCUCAGUGUGUAAACUACAAAUACCAAAAAAAGGCUGUUUAUAUUUUAUCUCAUCUGACUUUUGUCUUCCAUGGGAAACAGUACAAUCAGCAUUCAUUCCUGUGUCGAAUGACUCUGCAGUAGUCUAGGUUGUUUCUCGCCUGCGGCUCCGAUCGACUUCGAUGGAAAUACAACACGAGGAGGACAAACUAAUUACGUAUUCUCCCCUUUUCCAGUGUGAUGCUAUGACAUGCAUUGAAGUUGGCGUUUGGCACGUAAAUCAUCGAACAUCAUCCAGUCGAUGAAAGUUUGAAAGACAAGGCAAAGGAUAUUCAAAAGUAACCACAGUACCAUUGUCACUGGCCUCCGUGCUGCUUUCCACUUUUUUUCCUGUUUUCCAACAUGUUCGUGAUGUCAAAUGUGACACACCAGGAAAAAAAACAAAACAAAAAAAAAACCAGGAAGGCAGACAUGACCUGGCUAUUGUGAAAAGAGUGAUCGUUUGACUGCAUGGACACUGCCAUGCUGCUUGCUGCAGCUGCAGUCAUUUUAUUGUCUCAGACCGAGUAGCUUUGGCUUAGUGACUAUGAGUCAGUUUGUCUCAAUUACAUGUACUUUGGCUCUGGAGAGGGCCCAGCUGUGCUUUACUAUCACUGAACACUGACACCGGUGUGGUUGGACAGACUUUGGCCUCACAAAAAUAAACCUUUUUACAGACUUAUUACAUUUAUUCAUGUUUUGGAUUACUCUACUGUCUUACAAUCCCCUCGCAGAUCUGAAUGUACAUUUUGUUGCCAUUUUUUAAAGAUGUUAAUAAAAAAAGCGACCUGUGCUGUGUG